AUGGAGAGAGUGUUGCUGAUCUCCUUGGGCUCCCGAGGGGACAUGGAGCCCUUCCUUGCCGUGGGCGAAGAGCUGCAGGUGGCUGGGCACUCCGUGGCCUUCUGCAUGCCUUUACAAUUCCAGAGCCUGGCCAUGGAGGUCAGCCAGACCUUCUAUGCCAUGGACAAACGCUUCCUGGAGCUGGUAGAGAACGAGGACGUCAAAAACAUCAUCGCCCAAGUGGGCUCGGCUUGGACCAGGCUUCGAACGAUGGUCAGACUGAUGUGGGAGACCAAACCACUCCAGCAGCAGCUAGUUCGAGACCAGCAUGCUGCCGUCGACCACUUCCGGCCUGAUCUCAUCAUAUUCCAUGGCAAGUGCAUCUAUCCCAUCCUCGCGGCCCUGGAGUAUGGGCAACGCGUGAAGAUGCUUUGCCCCGUUCCCUGCAUGAUCCACGCGGUGGACACCGAGCCGAACAUCGGUUUCGGAGAUCCGGGCUCGGUGUGGUGGAAUCGCCUAACUUACUUUUUGGCCAACAAGGUUUACAUCAGCAAGUCCAUUCUGGGCUACGGUGGCCCUGUGGCAAAGGACGAGCUGCAGUUUCGGAACUUGGACUCCUCCCGACUUACUGCCUUCAUGCUCGAGGAGAUGCCCGUGGAGUAUGCGAUCAGCGAGCGUCUCUUUCCCAGGCCUGAGAGCUGGCCCCCGCACGCGGUGAUCACAGGCUUCCGAGAGCGGGACAAGGCGAAGCACUGGACACCACCGGCUCCGCUUUUGAAGUUCCUGUCCGACUACCCUGAACCCCUCUAUGCGGGCUUCGGUAGCAUGGUGAACGAAGAUCCAGAGAAGGUAGGCCAGAUCAUAUUGGAUGUGACAGCUGAGUUGGAGCUUCCGGUGCUGCUGAACACGGGCUGGGGUGGGGGCAUCCGAGUUUCGGAAGAAGAUCUUCCCAGACAUGCCUUCGUAGUCAACGACAUCCCCUACGAUUGGCUCUUCUCACGUGUGUGCGCGGUGGUUCACCACGGUGGCUCAGGGACCACCCACAGCGCCUUGCGUUUUGACAAACCGCAGCUCAUCGUUCCGCACAUUUCCGACCAGUUUCUAUGGAUGCGCCUCGUGAACCGAGCCGGCUUCGGGCCCAUGGGCUUCCCCAUCAAAAGCUUCAGCAAAGAGACCUUCAAAGCAAGCCUCACGGCAGAUUCGGAGUUCGUCCUCUACACACAGGGCAUCGUCAAGAUCGGGCAGAGCUUGGAGUUCCUGCUGCCCUCUGGAGCGGAGCUACGCUCUGUCAGCUCGGAUCUGGAAGCUGCAACACUUCGACGACCGCCCGUGGUGCCAGCGCAGAACUUGCAGCACCAGAAAAGGAUCGAUUGCGGCAUCUUGGAGAGGCUCAACCAGACCUGCGGCAGCCGGCCAGGGAAUUUGUCCGCCUUGUCGAGGGAAUGGCAAGCCGUGCGCCUGAAGCCUUGUGCCGCUGGCGAGCGACGGAGCAGCUACACUGGUACUGAUUGCGUUCAGUGUGUUCCAGGCAGGUACAAAAGUGGUGUGGGCCCCGCCUUGACAUGCAGUGCAUGUGGCGUCGGCUUCUACAUGGGCCUGCCGGGCGCAGGUGCUUGCACCAUCUGCCCCGAGCACGAGACAACGAACAUCACUGGCGCCACGAGCAUCAGCUCCUGUAAUUGCGUGCCGGGUUACUUCCGCACCAAUCCCGAUGCCGAUUGGGAGCUCGUCAGCAAUCACGGCGUUUGUCGUCCUUGCCCGGAUGGAGCCAUUUGUGAGGGCGGGGCGAUCCAACCCUAUGCUUCAGGCGGGUAUUGGACACCCGACAGGCUCGUCUUCUGGCCUUGCUUUCCGUCCCACGCCUGCCUCGAAGGAGAUGCAGUGAAUCCGAACCGUUGCGAAGAUGCGCGAGAUCCGACCUCUGUCCGAUGCGGACAAUGCCAUACUGAUGCUUUCGCUCAUCAGAGUGAGUGCUAUUCGUGCAGCGGUGGAGACGUGGCACUUGCGUGGGCGGGACCCUUCUUGGGCCUGUUGGUGCUUGUGUGCGGCUUCAUCCCCGCCUUGAUCCGCUCGCUUUGGUCUAUGGACAUGGAGCACACGAAGCUUCAACAUCGGCUCCUUGCGACGACGCACAAGCACAGCUCAUGGCUAGGCCGGCUCGCGGAGUCCGACCACGGAGAGUUCCGGAUGGUCAUCGUCAUGCUCACCUCCUUGCAGACGUUGUGGACUGUCUCCUUGAUGCCGCUGCCUUAUACCCGAUUCACGAAAGAUUGGCUCUGGAUCACAGGCAUCGUGGCCUGCGACGUCUCGAUCCUCCGGCCCCAGUGCGCAUUGAAGCUGUCCUACUUCAUGAAGUGGCUCAUGCAAUGGGCCACCUUCUUUGUGGUCGUGGCCGUGCUGGCUCUGGCAAUGCUGGCGUACUGUUUCCACCAUAAGAACCGAUUGAAAGACCUCGGGUACAUCAGCCCCAAGCGCGGCAUUCUGGGCGUUUUCUCCAUAACACUCAUGCUACUACUUCUGGUUCACCUUCGCGACGAUUUGAUCUUUCUAAGCUGCGUUACAUGCGAGGGCGACAAGAUGUGUCUUGCCUUCCAGCCUGUGAUUGAGUGCGGCAGCAGCAGCUGGGAGUGGUCAGCCCCGUCCUCAGAGCGAGCUUGUGAGUACUUGUGUUUUCGCAGCACAACUUGGGGGGCCACCGAGACCAUGAUGGUCCUUUCCAUUCUGGACCUGAUCUUUGUGGUUGCUGCAUCUCUGCCCCUUAUCGCCAUUUGCAUCUACAGCUCAUGGAAGUGGCAGCACGGGCAUCGGCGCGGCUUAGACGCGACCUUCAGCGCCCCCUGGUACGUCUACUUCUCGGAAUUCUGGGUCAAGCGCCACAGGGGCUACAUCCAAGAAGUUCGAGAGGCGGUGCCCGAGUUUCAGAAGCUCUUCCUUGAAGAGGAAGUGCUCGCGGCUUCCCACAAGGAGGUGUGGCACAGAGCCAUCGACCUCAUCUUGGCACAGGAGGCGGAGAAGGCCGAUGCGCUGCUGCUGAAGGUCAUUGAGCACAUGUAUACGCAUAGCGAUCGCUUCAGGGCGAUCGACGAAGAUGAAGGUCCCGCCUUUCAGAUCAUCCGCAACAUCAGGUCCGCCAUCAAAGGCAGAGUGGACCGACCAGAUCGCAGCAGGGCACCGUUUCUCAGCGAAGGCCUGAUGUCAGCCGGAAGCGCGUCUCGUUCCGAGGCAACCAUCGACCAGCCCGUGCCGCCGGAGACAGAACCCGAUGUGCUGCAAGUGGCCACCUUCGGCCUCGACUCGGAGGAGCCGGCACUCCGAGAAGCAGUUUCAGAUGACCCUCUUGAAGUGGUGGAGAAGCUGAAGGUGUCGGAUGUGCAUCACGUGAAGCUGACACUCGAGAACGUGCUGGACUACGCCAGGUGGUCGGUGCCUGGCGCCAGAGCCAUCAAGCGGGUGUUAUCAUACAGCUGGACAUUGAUUCUCCUCAUCGCCCGAUUUGUGAUAACAAUCUAUGCCAUGCUCAUGAGAAGAGACCAGUCCGAUGUGCCUCUCGUGUACCUCCUCGUUACCCUGGCGUAUGUCCUCCUGGGAGCAGGCCUCCAACCCUAUGUUUGGGGCUUCCUCAACGACUGGGAGGUGGCUGUCCACUCCCUGAUCUAUGUGUUCUUGCUCUUUGUAAUCUCUGGCUGGUCAGACACUGCAAGCGACGUGCUGGUGGUGGUAGCCACCAUGUCAGCCGUCGUGCCUGUGGUUCUUCGCUUCCUUCUCCUCCUUUGUGGCCAGGACAAACAAGAUCCCGACGACAAUGACACCGUCGUCUCACAGGGCUCUGCCACCUACAACCUCAAUCGACUAGCACUGUCACAAAGCGGAGGCGAUGGAGGCGUGUCACGGGCGGCAUCUUCAGUUGGACCCAAAGCGAGCUCACGUUCCAGAUCUGUCCAAGACGCCGGCCGCCACCGCGAGCAUGUCCGCAAUUAUAUCGAGAUGGUCAAGAACCAGAGCAUAACCGUCGUUUGGGCUGAUGAGCCAGGGCAAGAAAUGCCUCCCGCCACAAGCACGGAGGCUGAUGCAGCGGGGCCAGGUGUCAGCAGCACUGAUGGCCAGGACGUCGCCAGUGGUGCAGACGCCGUCACUGCCAGUGAUCGAGGACGUCUCGACGACGAUGAGCAGAUCAGGUCCUUCUCUAUUUAA